AUGCUGCAUUGUUUUGCAUCUGAAGAGCCGACACAAUGGGAGGUUGUCAUCUUGGCGGCGCCCAAAGAGCUUUUGAUGGAGAAAGGAGAAGCCAACGUGGCGGUGUGCAAAAGACAUGGUGAAAUUAGGCCCGAGAGCGAAAAACUGAUCUCCGGCAGUUAUUUGGUUAUCAAUGAGUGUCUCCACCCGUCUUCGCGCAUGGCUUCUUUUUUGUGGAACCAGAUCACAUCGGAGUGCUUCAAUCCUUCACUGCAGCAUUUUGCGCAGGAAGUGCUGGGUCGCAUGGAUUUGGACGUGUGGCAAAAUGAAGUCAUGAAACAAGGAUUGCAAGACCUCGAAGAAAAAUUUUCGGUUCGGGCUGGUCAGAAAGGUUUCUUUGCGAGGCCCAGUCGGACGGUUGAGACGCUGACGUUGGCGGAAAGACAGGAACAAGGCCACCUACCAUUCGAACGUGACAAGAAUAAGGAUGGAAAACGUCAAAAAAGAAAGCAAAAUUUGCUAGACGGCGUUUUGGACCACAAUGUUCACUCGGUCACGCAGGAGUUGCCUUGGAAACCGGUGGUUUUCGAUUUGAUGCGAACUAUUCAUUCUAUGCUGCCUCUGGAAAGAAUUAUUUGGGCCAACCGAGAGACGCCUACUGGGAAAGCCUUCUGUUGGGAAGCUACAAGUCAAUGCGCCUUCAACUUUGCGAGUUCAGAUCGCCUCAUUGCUUUGCUGAAGCACGUGAAGGCCGAGUGGUUCUAUCCCGGAGAAAAAGAAGAAGAGGGGCGCAUUCGCUAUGGGAUUCGCCCAGAUUAUCUCAACGAUGUGAUCGAAGGCGUUUUCUGUUGGAUGCUUCCAAGAGCUGGACCUUUUCUGCAGAAUGUGGAGCAUUGGCAAAAACACCUCUUAUUCCAUGACUUCAAAAUGACAGCGCAGGAGAUCAAGCAACUGGUUCGAGCAGCUGUGAUCGUGACUUUGUUUCGAUGGCAAUGGAUCACUUGUUGGAUUGAAGUGAACAAAUCUGUGCGAGAUGAUGCGCGGGAUGCGCUGUAG